AAACCAAUGGUGACGACCAAUGACGAAAUCGUGGCGUGUGGCCUUGUGGUUAUGAAUUCGCUUUACAAUCACAAGGUCGGUGGUUCGGUCAACAGCGCGGGCAUGCCAUGUGAGGGAAAUUGGGUAGGUACUGACGGUGUAUACUUAAUGUAUACAUCCGAACACAGGACCCACAUUAAUAACAGUGUUUCAAACACUGAGGUGGCUAUAUCCUGUAUAAAUAUUCGUAACAAUAAUAAUAAUACUAAUAAUCUCUGUGAUCAAAAAUAGAUCCCCGUUGCGUGGUCACUAUAUUGUUCCAUACACUUUUAUAAUCAAUUUGUGGCAUGUAGUUCAAACCUCCUGGCAAAAAAAUUGCCUGGCAAAGCUUUUAAACUGAAACAGGUUAAACGAAUUUUUAAAUAAACGAACUCAAACCCAAUUCGUUCAUAGGUUGUUAUGAAAUUCAUUCAAAAAAAGUCUAGGUAUGAUAUUGUUGUUAGAUAAGAUGCCUAUGUUUGUUUUUGCUUAGUAACCACGUGAUCUUUUUACAGUAUUUUAAUUGGUUUCGUUAGUUCGACAUUCGGCAUGGUUAGUUUUAUGGUUAUUGAAGUGUGAAGGUGGCGAUAAAAAAUAUACCGAAUAAACAUACUAAAAACAGGAAGAUAAAACAACACUAAAAAUUUCUCGAUAUUUAUAUAAAAUUGAAAUAUUUAAUUUAAUUUUGAGCUCACCUAAAAUGCAGCGUGAAUGAGUUUGUUGUUUUUUGUAUUCGUGCGAAGAUGCAGCUGAAGUGGAUAUUUUUGUUUUACUUGGGAGUAACGGUAACUUAUUAUUGUGAUGGCAAGUCAUCCAAAACGAGCACGAGCAAACGUGUAAACAAAGCGAGGAUAAACAAUAAAAAUGGCAAACGCUGGAUGGCGGGUGGUGCGUUCACGCAACAGUUUAUGAGCAGCGAGCCAGAACAAAACUACGGAGCUCAGUUCUCGCCUGAAAACGCAUUCGCUCCCUCAGCUGAAGCUCAGCCUUUUUCCUAUGGAGGUGGUGGAGGGAAUUAUAAAGAGCCUACUUUUCAAGGUAUGGAAGAGCUGAAGAUACCUAAGUCAGCGUAUGGAACACCAGAAGCUAGCUACGCUCAAGAUCUAGCUACUUACUUGAAGCCAGGAAUAGGUGACUACCCGUCUGACAUGCCGGCUGGGAUGAAAGAUUUUGAAGCUGGUAAUGGUAUUCAAAGUAAUGGCGCUCAAGGUAAUGGUAUUGGACUACCUAUUGGUUCUCGUUUCAAGGGAAAAAACUUAAGUCCCGUAGCCAAACUUGUACAGACGGCGUUAGAAGACGCCUCAAUCAGUUCUGGUGCCAUGACGAAACCAAGUAACGCUGAAUCGCCGAACGUGGCGUCAGAAUCCGCGUCAAUUCUGUCAGAUGCUAUGAACACUGAUGAAGUUUCCCCAGCCAAGGUAUUAGAUGCACCCACUCUUCCCAGCAUAUCUGCUGCUAUGUCAACCAAGGACAAUGAUAAAACUGAAAAAGAUGCAGCUAAAGUACAUGGUAGUAAGGACAAGAAGAAGGAGAGUGACGAUGGAGCUGUAGAAGUAACGUCUAGUAAAGUUGUCGGCGACAAAGACAGUUCUGAUCAUGGAAAAAACAGUGAAGAUUCGAGCAGUGGUAAGACAGCUGGCAAUGCUCACUCAUCCAAACAAAAUCACGAGACUUUGAAAACAAGUAAACACAAGACUGAGACAGGUGCCCGAAGACAAAAUUGGGAUGGUUUCAUUGACACCGGGAAUAACCACAUUGAACCGGUUGGUUUACCCUCUAUAAAGCCGCUAAAUAUCUUCACCGAUACAGACGAAAAGAGCGGAGAAACAGUAAGCACCGGAUCAUCAUCAAAAGAAAGCACCGGAUCCGUGUCAACAGAAAGUACCGGAUCCGCGUCAACGGAAAACUCCGAAUCAGCGUCAACAGAAAGCAUCGCUUCAGAUUCUGAUAAUGCAGUAACGUCAAGCAAUGUAAAAGCAAAGCUGGUGUCUUCCCUACGAGCAGCGUUACUAAAGAACGUUCAAGAAUUAAUGAAUACAGAAAGUGAAGGUGAUGAACAGGAUGAUUCGUCAACAAAAACUGCUGUGUCGUCAACCAAUGAAGGCCAGCAAGAGAAAGAAGAAAGCUCCGGCGAGCAGAAAGAAAAUCAAGCUGCCGAUGAUGCAAAAGCGACAGACCUUCUGGAAGAAAAUCUCAUGAAAAUUGAUAAGAAAAAACUCGCUCAUCUAUUAGCAUCAUUAAUAAAGAAAAGUAGAGAUGACGCUAAUGAUGAUGACGACUCAAAAGGAAAGGGUAAACAAAAAGGAAAGAUGUUCCAGCAAGGUUCGGAGAACCCAUUGUUUGGUAAAAUAAAACAUCAGCAAAAGGGAACAAAGUACGGGUUUGAUCCCUAUGCUCAAAUCGGUUUAUCGGAUCCAUUGAAUGGUGAUUCGAAGGAAGAGACGCAUAAUGGCCGACACAACGUUCACGAUAGCCAUGAAAAGACUGAGGAGGGUAAAGAAGAGCAGACGGGGAAAGAUUCUUCUAAAGAGGAAGAUUCAAAAAAGGAAGAGAAAGAAGAACAAAAGGAAAAAGAAGAACAGAAAGAGAAAGAAGUGCAAAAGGAAAGAGAGGAAGCAAAGGAAAAAGUGAAAGAGAAGGAAGAAGAAAAAGAAAAAGAAUCCGCUAAGUCUGAAGAUGAAAAGAAUGAGAAAGAAAAUAGCAAAGCAAAGGAGGAUGGAAAAGAGAAGGAGAGUGAAAAAGUAAAAGAAAAAGAAGACAAAACUGAAAACGAAAAUAGUAAAGCUAAAGAAGACGAAAAAGAAAAUUCCAAGCAAGAAAAAGCUGGUGAAAAAGAAAAACAAGACGCCAAGCAAGAAGAAGAAAACGUUGAAGCUGAAGUAGAAAAAGAGAGACAAGAAUUAAAGAAGUUAAAAGAAGAAGAAAAAGCAGAGAAAGAAAAAGAGUCAGAGUUGAAAGCUUCAAAUGCAGAAUUGGAAGAAAAACAAAAACAACAACAAGACGACAAGGAGGAGAAAGAAGAUGAAAAACCUGUCAAAGUCCAACAUGGUCAGUAUGUUCAUUUAGUAUCCCCUGAUCUGUUGACAGCUAUCUCUGAAAAUCUAAAGAAUGGAAAGGGGUUAUCAACGGAAGCAGGCGAUAAGGCUGAGGAUCAAGCUACUGAAGGAGGUUCCAACAUAGAGAAAGAAAAUUCAAAAGAAAAAGAAAAUUCGAACGAAAAGGAAAACACAAAAGAAAAGGAAAACUCUAAAGAUGAGCAAAAUGAAGAUGGUCCAAGCAUUCAGUCCAUAAUUGACAACAUGAAAGCAAAGUUACUAAAAGCUGGCAAAAAUGCAAGCAAAUCCAAAAGUUCAAAACACAAAAAGGGGAUGUUUAAUGACGCCUACGCACAGAUAGGUUCCAUGGAUCCAAAUAUCAAAAGAAGAGGUCGAGAAAAGAAACACCAUGUUAGACAUGCGCAUAACAAACCUGCUUAUAAAAAAUCGAUAGUGUAGACAGAACGUUACCAAUGACAACAGAGACAAUCAAAACAAACAUGGUAGGCAUGUCGCGAGAGAAUGUCUUUCAAUUUAAACGACUUGUGACAGCCAUUAGAAGCGGAAGUUUUACUACUUUGCUUGAAAAAAACUUACUGUCAGGGUUGAUUUAGCACGUAGCGCUUUAGGGGCGGAAAUGUUAUGAUUCUUGUUAUACACUGGUACGAAAUCAUGCAGAGCUGAAAGGGUUAAAUUUCUUUUGUUACGUUACAGAUAAAUAGUUUUACCAACUCCUUUAGUACCCAUAAAACUAUAAGGGGAUGUUUACUCUUUGAGUUUUACCUAUUCAAGCGUGUCGACGUACGCAAAAAGUUUCAAUAAUAUAUCUUGUCAAAUAAUACUGAUUCUGUGAUAUUCUGUUUGAUAAUUUCAGAGCACAUUAACCACUUAUAAAAAUACUUUUUAGGUUUUUCUAAUCAAAGCGGGCGUAACAAAGGGUGGGCGUGUUUAUGGGGAAAAAUUGGGCGUAGUUUCUUAAAGCCCUUUAUUUAAACGUAGUCAAAGGACCAAGAGAGUAUUUAAAUUUCUCAAAAUAAUUUUAUCUAAUGUUCGAUUUUUCUAACGACUUUUACUUUCAGGAAUGAAUGGAAAAGAAAAGCAGGUCGUCGUUCAAAUAUCAAAGUUUUACUAGAAAACAAAUUAUCCGCGAAAACUUCAUCCCCAUAAACCAUAACAUGUUUUUGUAAAUAUCAACCAGAAAGUAAUAUUUAUAAAGAUAGAAUUAUUUUUCUAACAAUAAAUAGUAUGUUUACUUUUUAUAUCGAUUGUUAUUUUUAUCCUCAGCUCUCUAAUAAUGCUAUUUUUUUGUCUCUGUGAGCCAAAAUGGUAUAUUCAUCUCUUUAUAUGGCACACUUUCGAGUUUUUCUUUAUCUCGAGUAAAUGCUAAAUGGCUAAAUUAGAUCCACCAAGCAAAA